AUGGACAAAAUCAUGGCAAGCGCAAAUGACUCCGUAUCGCCUCUGGAAGGCGGUACGGCGAGUACACCUUCCAAGUCCCGAUCACUAUCAGACCCUCCUGCUCAAGCACCACUCCAACCAUCACCAACAUUCCGCGAACGAGCCCGGCAGGGUAGUAAAGACGACCAUGCCGUACCCACGACUCCCGCCAGCAAGCUCUCACUGUCUGGCAUUCGUCGUCCCGACUUCCUCGCUCGAGGUUUGAGCCUACAGAUGCCGGCUAGGCUUGAUAUGCCCUCACCCGCACACUUCCAACGACCCGCUGUACCACUCAGCCCAAAGCUGGACGAGAAGGAUAUAUACAUGCAGAGCGAGAAGUUGAAUGCUAGUCCUGCUACGAGCUUACCGCGACAUUCACGUGGUUUGGAUUUCUCGAGAGCCAGCACGAAUUUGCAUCAUUCGACCGUGGCUGAGGUGAAUAGUCCGGACUCUUCUCCUGUCAUCACUCAUAAAGGAGUCCCGAUUCCGCUGAGGAAGAGGAGUAUGAGUAGUAUGAUGCUGGACUCGCCGGGAGUAAGUGGACUGGGUAGUGCACCGUGGAGUUCACUCGCGCUUGGACGAAGCACAGUCAGCAGUUCAGUUGGAAGCGUUAACAUGAUGGCAUCGGAAAGUGAGAGCUCGGACAGUGAUGGAGACGCGAGUAUGGGGGGCGAGGACCAGGAAGAUAGUAUCUUCACAACACCGCAGGUGCAUAAGAUCCAGAACCCAACGGCGCCUACACCUUUUACUGGUCCUCUCACACCCAGCGGGAGUGCGACGUGGGGUACCGGUAGCAACUUUUCGCCUGCUCAGUCUUCUUUGAUGAAGACCAUACGGAGGACGAGAUUGAACAAGACCGGGAAGAAGAGUAGGAAGAGCUCGAGCAGUGCGAGUAAUAGUGGUUACAGCUCGAUAGCUUCACCUCGAGCGACUUCUCCACCGCCGAUGAGGAGUAUUGAGGGUAGUGGGUAUAACGGUGGAUACUUUCCUUGGCAGGCGAAUGCUGCGAGAAGUAGAAGGGAGAGUUUGGCGCUGGGCACUGAUGGGUUGCAGUUGAGUAGUGGAAACGACAGUGGAGAUGAGGCUUCACUUACGGCGCCGAGUACGCCAGGUGUUAUCCGGCGCGCGGUGACAAGACGAGGAAAUCUGCUACCGAAGACGAAAGGAUUCGCUAGGAUCAGAGCUGCAUUGUUGGAAGAAGCUGCACCAGUGGAUACAGAAAUCAGACGGGAGAGCGAGACAAUCAAGCAAGUUCGCGAACGUGAUAAUAGCAUCCCCGACCUUGAUCUCGCACAUGACGUACGACCAGGCACAGGCACAGCCGCCUCGAGUCCCACCAUGCUACCAGCCGUACCCGAAAGCGCGCAAGAAGACUUCGGCCAAGACCUAGACAGCGAUCUACCCACUGCAGGCAGAGGCCUCGGCAUGAACUUCGCCACGCACGCCUCGCGCAAUGGAGGUGGUCUGAACUACUGGAACCGCUUUGACCCUUCAAUGCGCACCCCGCCUCCUCCAGCCUUCCGCCAUCAAAGCAGCAGUGCAAUGUCAGACAUCAACAUGGACUCUCCCGCGCCCGCUGUUUCAAACAAUCCGAACGAUAUCUUCUGGCGCCGUCCACGAGCUAGGAGCUCGGCGAGCGAUGCCUCGGAUGCCUUCCCCUUGCCCAGCAGUAGUGCGCUAAACGGCACUACCACCAACCAUACGAUGAACGACGAUGUUGUGCUGAGGAAAUUCAAACGCAGAAGGGAAGACGAUUCGGAUAUUGCAACUAUUAAACGACGGGCUGUUUCGCCGGGCUUGAGUGCGCAGAACAGUCCUGUGCUUACGCAUUCGCCUUCGCAGAGGGCUAGUGGGGAUCUCUGGGGUCAGCCGCCGGAGAGGAAGGCAGGUGGGCAGGGCUCUUCGGAGUCGAGCUCGCAGCAGUCUCAGCAGCAGCAGCAGCAGCAGAUCUCGAAUGUGAGGUCGAAUAAUGGUGGGGCUGCGGCCGGUGUGGCCGGUGCGAAUGUGCUGCCGGCGCAGGGGAGGAAGUUGGGGAUGCAGGGGAUGGUUGAUACGAACGAUGGGUUGAUGAAGAUGAGUAUUGAGUAG